AUGUCUGUGGUUGUUCUUGUUUCCAAGCCAACAGCACAUUUCUCAGAAUUGGCAUCUCAUCACAGAGUCCGUGUAAUUAUCACAUUAGCAAAAGCCACAAUGUCCCACCCCGAUCUAUCGACCAUUCUCGAGGUCUACCCCGAAUGCGAAGUCACCUGCUACGGGUACGCUCCCAGCCAACGGCGCCGCUGCAGAAUGCGAACCAGGAAAGACAACCGAGACAGGGCUUCGUACCUUCUCGAAGAGGGCACCAGAUAUCUUCAGCGCGGCCUCCCCGUCGACGGUCUGCUUAUUGAGCUAGCCCCGCUAGUUCUCUGCACACGCUUCCACCAAUACCAGGCAGACGACUUGGUCCGGGACUGGCGGGCCAAGCUGCGGGAGUUCCAGCAGCAGACUCUUCUGAAUGCUAUGCUGAAAUCGCUCCAAGAGCUUGUGGACAGUCGGGCGCGUUCGCGUGCUGCUAGGUCGGCGGGUCGGCGUCUCCCAGAAAGAGUUUCGAGUCCGACACGGCUGGAGAGGUCGGCUGCUAUUGUAACAGAGGAAGAACCGGCUGCUCCUGAAAGAGAGGAAGAGGAGGAAGAAAGAGGAGAUAGGGAGGACGAGCCUGAACCAGAACCCGAACCUGAACCUGAACUUACCCCCAGCCGGUCAUCUACGGAGACUUCCUCGCCAGCCGUUGAGGCUCAUGUCGCGGAGCCAACCGUUCCUCAGACUGAGUCCAGAAGAGUCACUCGCAAACCAAUCGAAGGAGACUGUACUAUCUGCCUGUGUCCUCUACGAGAACAAGACAGUGAUGAAAACGGCGAGGGAUCAGAAGAUCGCGAUGAUGAGAAUGAGGAUGAUGCGGCGGGCACAGGGUCCGGCACAGCGUCCGACGAGCACGACGCCCCCGAAGAACAUGACGAUGACGACCUUGUAUAUUGCAAAAACCAGUGCGGUACGAACUAUCACAAAGCCUGUAUUGACGUGUGGCAUGCUACUCAGCGUACAUUUGAAACUCCACGUGGGGAUCCUAUCGGCCUGUCCUGCCCGUACUGUCGAGCAGCAUGGUCCUCCUGA